CCUUUCUGCAGCAGGCAGUGCCGGCAGUAGCGCAGAAGCCGUCCCUCAGCAGAUGCUGCAGCGUUAGCUCCCACAUUCUUUUAUUUCUGCACCACCUUAGCCGGCCUUGGAAGCCCCCUGUCCGUCUCAUGCCGGGCCGGGGGGUGCGCCACCCGCGGUAAACAGGGGCAGGCAAGUUGGCGAGCCCGAAAUGCUGGAGUGAGGAUUGUACCACUCGCGGCGUGAUUGGGAAUUACACAGACGGCAUCGCCGAUUCCUCCCUCCCUGCCCCUCCGACGAACUGUCAUCCCACCCCCACCUCUCCCAGUUUCUGCUUUAUAAGAAGGAGGAAGUAAAGGAAAGCCAUCGUGGAGUGUGGAGUCUUAGUAACGACACGGGGCAGCAUGUCACAGACCAAGAGGCACACGUACAGCCGGACCACCAGUAGCGGCAGCAGCAGGAUGAGCUCAGACGGGGGAGGCAAGCCGGUCAAGGUGGGGUCCCUGGUGGAGGUGAUCGGUAAGGGCCACCGCGGCACCGUGGCCUACAUCGGCGCCACGCUAUUUGCCACCGGCAAGUGGGUGGGCGUUAUCCUGGACGAGCCCAAGGGCAAGAAUGACGGCACUGUGCAAGGCAAACGCUAUUUCACCUGCGAGGAAAACCACGGCAUCUUUGUCCGCCAGUCCCAGAUCCAGCUGGUUGAGGAUGGAGUGGACACCACGUCUCCCGAGACUCCGGAGCCAGCUGCCUCUAAGGUUCCCAAACGAGAGGUUACUGAGACACCAAAAUCAAGCAAGCUGCGAGGAGUGAAGGCCAAGAAGACGCCCGCGCCACGGAAGACCACCACCAGGCGCACCAAGCAGCCCAGCCGGCCCACUGGCUCCACGGCAUCCAAGGCGGGCCCCUCGGGGUCAGCCUCCGCCUCUGCUGGGGAAAUGAGCAGCAGCGAGCCCAGCACCCCCGCUCAAACUCCUCUGGCAGCACCUGUCAUCCCAUCACCCAGCGGCAACCUGCUGUCACCCGGGGCCCCGCCCGUACCUGUCCCCAGCAAGGAGGAGGAGGCACUCAGGGCUCAGGUGAAGGACCUGGAGGAGAAGCUGGAGACCCUGCGUAUGAAGCGCAAUGAGGACAAGGCUAAGCUGAAGGAGCUGGAGAAGUACAAGAUCCAGCUGGAGCAGCUGCAGGAGUGGAAGAGCAAGAUGCAGGAGCAGCAGGCCGAGCUACAGAAGCAGCUUAAGGAGGCCAGAAAGGAGGCAAAAGAGGCCCUAGAGGCUAAGGACCGCUACAUGGAGGAAAUGUCCGACACGGCAGAUGCUAUCGAGAUGGCCACGCUGGACAAGGAGAUGGCAGAGGAGCGGGCGGAGUCGCUGCAGCAGGAGGUGGACUCCCUGAAGGAGAAGGUGGAGGAGCUCACCAUGGACCUUGAAAUUCUCAAGCAUGAGAUAGAGGAGAAAGGCUCUGAUGGAGCAGCGUCCAGCUACCACGUGAAGCAGCUGGAGGAGCAGAACAGCAGACUGAAGGAGGCUUUGGUCAGGAUGCGAGAUCUGUCAGCUUCAGAAAAACAGGAGCAUGUGAAGCUACAGAAGCAGAUGGAGAAGAAAAACUCUGAGCUGGAGACGCUACGGCAGCAGAGAGAGAAGCUGCUAGAGGAGAUGAAGCAGGCUGAGAGGACCAUUGAUGAGCUGAAGGAACAGGUAGACGCCGCCUUGGGGGCAGAGGAGAUGGUGGAGACCUUGACAGAGAGGAACUUGGACCUGGAGGAGAAAGUGCGGGAGUUACGGGAGACAGUCACUGACUUGGAGGCCAUUAAUGAGAUGAACGACGAGCUGCAGGAAAACGCUCGGGAGACGGAGCUGGAGCUGCGGGAGCAGCUGGACCUGGGUGUGGCGCAGGUGCGGGAGGCAGAAAAGAGAGUGGAGGCGGCCCAGGAGACCGUUGCUGACUUCCAGCAGACCAUACAGAAAUACCGGGAGCUAACCGCGCACCUGCAGGAGGUAAACAGGGAGCUGAUGAAUCAGCAGGAGGCCUCAGUGGAGCAGCAGCAGCAGCCGCCCGUUGAGAUGUUUGAUUUCAAGAUCAAGUUCGCAGAAACCAAGGCCUAUGCAAAGGCUAUCGAAAUGGAGCUUAGGAAGAUGGAGGUGAUCCAAGCCAGCAGACAGGUGUCCCUGCUCACCUCCUUCAUGCCAGAUUCCUUCCUGCGGCAUGGCGGAGACCACGACUGCAUCCUCGUCCUGCUGCUCAUCCCGCGGCUCAUCUGCAAGGCGGAGCUGAUCAGCAAGCAGGCGCAGGAGAAGUUUAACCUGAACGAGAACUGCGUGGCUCGCACUGGGAUGCGUGGCGCAGUGGGGGAGCAGCUGAGCUUCGCCGCCGGCCUGGUCUACUCUCUCAGCCUUCUGCAGGCCACCUUGCAUAAAUACGAGCAAGCUCUGAACCAGUGCAGCGUGGAGGUGUAUAAGAAGGUGGGCACGCUUUACCCGGAGAUGAGUGUUCAUGAGCGCAGCCUGGAUUUUCUCAUCGACCUGCUGCACAAAGACCAGCUGGACGAGACAGUGAAUGUGGAACCUCUGACCAAGGCCAUCAAGUACUACCAGCACCUGUACAGCAUCCAUCUGGCAGAGCAGGCAGAGGACUGCACCGUGCAGCUGGCCGACCACAUCCGGUUUACCCAGAGUGCCUUGGACUGCAUGGCUGUGGAGGUGGGCCGUCUGCGUGCUUACCUACAGCCUGGCCAGGAUGGCACCGACCUGGCCGUCCUGCUCAAGGACCUGGAAACCUCGUGUAGCGACAUUCGCCAGUUCUGCAAGAAGAUCCGUCGCAGGAUGCCUGGCACCGAUGCCCCGGGCAUCCCAGCAGCCCUUGCUUUUGGCCAGCAGGUGUCAGACACACUGAUGGACUGCCGCAAGCAACUGACCUGGGUGGUGGCCGUGCUGCAGGAGGUGGCAGCAGCUGGAGCCCAGAUGGUGGCCGCGCUCAGCGAGCAGGAGGGCCUGUCAGCCCUUAAGCUGGAGGACGUGGCCUUCAAGGCGGCCGAGCAGGUAUAUGGGUCCCAGGGCAUCAGUCCCUAUGAGUGUCUACGCCAAUCUUACAGUGUUGUCAUCGCCACCAUGAACAAGAUGGCCACUGCCAUGCAGGAGGGCGAAUAUGACUCUGAGAAGCCUCAUAGCCAGACACCCCCACCGGUGGAUAUGCGGGCUGCUGCACUGCGGGCUGAGAUCAUGGACGCAGAGGGUCUGGGCCUCAAGCUGGAGGACAGGGAGACGGUCAUCAAAGAACUCAAGAAGUCUUUGAAAAUUAAGGGAGAGGAGCUGAGUGAGGCUAAUGUGCGCCUGAGCCUGCUGGAGAAGAAGCUGGACAGCUCUUCGAAAGACGCGGAUGAGCGUGUGGAGAAGAUCCAGACCAAGCUGGAUGAGACGCAGACCCUCCUCAAGAAGAAAGAGAAGGAAUUUGAGGAGACCAUGGACGCGCUGCAGGCUGACAUCGACCAGCUGGAGUCCGAGAAGGCCGAACUGAAGCAGCGACUCAACAGCCAGUCCAAGAUGAGCACGGAGGGCCUGCGGGCUGCUCCAGCGUCUGGGAUCGCCUCCAUCGUCACCGGCAUGACGGGAGACGAGCAGAAAGGUGUUGCUGUGCCCAGCCUGAUCGGUGGCACGGGGUCCCUGCAGGUCGUAGACUCUCCCCUCCUGCUGCAGCAGAUCGAAGCGCAGCGCCUCAGCAUCAAGCACCUGAAGAAUGAGAACAACCGUCUGAAGGCAGAGAAGAUGAGUGCUCAGCUUGCUUCCCUGCCCCCACUGCGUGUGUCGAAGUUGCCCAGCAAGGACGGCUCCCGGCCCGAGGUGCUCUCCAGCGCCCUCUAUCGUAAAACAGACCAGCUGCUGGAGACCCUGCUGCAGAUGAGCGCCAACAUGAAGGUGGUGGACGUCACUGGCAAAUCACCAGUGACCCCGAGUGCUCAGCUCCUGGAGCAAACCGCUCGUCUCCAGUCCCUCAGCGAGACCCUCGACAGGCUUAAGGAUGAAGUCGCUGAGCAUGUGGUGGUGCAGAGGCCAGGUGCUAGAGUGCCCUCUGACUUUGCCACGUUCCCAUCCACUUCUUUUGUUAAGGCUAAAGAAGAAAAAAAAGAUGACACGAUAUUGGUGGGGAAGGUGAUGGUGCCUUGCUCUCGCGGCCAGGAGCAGGUGCAUCGCCUCGUCCUAUCACAGCCGCAGCUCCACAGAGUGCACCGCCUCCUCCUUGCUUAGGCUCCACCCCUACUCACACCUCUGGUGUGUUAGUCUGCACGAAUGACACCUCGCCGUACACCGAUCUCCACAUUAGUUUCACAACAUUCAUCUCAGCUGCCAUUUUUGCCACUGACCUACAAAAAUGCCAAUGCUAUGUUUAAGAAGGAUAUUACAGGCUUGAGAAUAUCCGAUGCCCAUUUCAGUUACUAUGUUUAAGAUGUCCUUGGAUUGUUAGGGAAUAGUUAAAUACAACGUUUAGAUUUCAGUUUUGUUUAUGCCAUUCGAUGUGGAUAAAAUUACACACAUGCUUAUAAAUUUCACCAUAUGAAGGCAGACUGUCAUGUGGAUCGUUUUGUAACUUGAGUAUUUCUGUCAGACAUAUUACUUCUGGCCAGGAGGGUAAUUUUAUCACUAAGAUCUUGCGUAAGGUUAAUUUGUUGCGUAAGGUUAAACUGAGAACAAUUAUUGUUUUUCAUUUUAAUUUAAAAUAUUUAUCAAAUGUAGUGUUAUUUAAUGUUUUUAUAAAUUAACUAAUAUUUCAUCUAGUUUAGCUAAAGCAUACUAAUUUUUAUCUUAAUUUGGUAAGCCAUCAAUUUACCAUAGCAGUAUCUUCAAUUGUAGUGCUGUUAAAAAGUUUGUGAAAUAUCAACUGGAUGCAUAACAUUUUUUAUUAUUAUGAAGAAGAUUCAACACUUCAUUUAUAUGAGAUGAAACUAAGGUAUAUGAAGAUACAUAUUUUGUUAUUUGGGGGAUGGUCCUUUACAUUUUGUUCCACCAUUGAAAAGCUAAUAAGUAUCAUAAUGAUUAUUUAUUUAACAUGCCUGCUUAUGACGACCGUUCUCAGACUGUUCCCAGU